GUCCAUCCAAUCUACCGUAUGGUGGCUGCUUCUCCUCUGCAAGGAGCCAUCAUCCCUUGCCUUUUCAUCUCUCCAGAAAAUUAAGUCAGGAAGAGGAGCUGUGAGCCUGUGAGGGAUGGCAAGUUUCCCAAAAGCAAAUGAAUCAGCUCAUAUUUCGAUUGAGAUGGAAAUAAAAGAAAUGCUAAAGAACCUACCUCCCCAGUCAAAAGAGUGUUGUAUCUACAGAACUCCUGAAAAACUCCGCAAAGUAAAUGGAAAUGGAGAAACCUACACACCUCGUGCAGUAUCAAUCGGCCCUUUUCACCGAGGGCAACAGCACUUGCAAGCUAUGGAAGAGCAUAAAUUAAGGUACCUACAGAGUUUCCUACCCCGGACAGGAUCGGACUUGGGGCCGUAUGUUGAACGCGUCAGGACAUGGGAGAGAGAUGCCCGUAAUUGUUAUGCAGAAACCAUUGAUCUAAGCAGUGAUGCGUUUGUGAAAAUGUUAGUUAUGGAUGGAAGUUUCAUUGUAGAGCUACUCUUGAGGUCUUCCCACAUUCGUGAGGGAAAAAAUCAAAGUGAUCAUAGUGAUCGCAUAUUUUCUAGCCCGUGGCUGAUUGAUGAUCUGGGGCGCGACAUGAUAUUGCUUGAAAAUCAGCUUCCAUUCAUUGUUCUAGAGCGUAUGCUUCGCCUAGUUGAUCGUAACCUCAACGAAAACCCUUCCAUGCUUAAGCUCACUUAUGAACACUUCAAGAGUUUUUUGACUCUACAUAAAUAUCCUGACAAUAUACGCCCAGCUGAUGUAAAGCAUUUUCUCGAUUUCUUGAGACACUGUCAUUUGCCUUCACCACCGAAAAAGUGGCGAAAGGGAGGUCCAGCGAUUGAAUUCUCUCCGAGUGCAACAAGACUUAAUGAAGCUGGCAUCAAGUUUAAGGUAAGGGAAAGCAGUUGUUUACUUGACGUCAACUUCAAAAGUGGAGUUCUUGAAAUCCCCAAUCUGGAAAUAGAUGACUUGACAGAAACUUUGUUCCGAAACCUCAUCGCCUACGAGCAAUGUCACUGCAAUGAAAAGUACAUAAUCCACUACAUGGCCCUCCUCGAUAGCAUGAUCAACACUCCCAAGGAUGUGGAGUUACUAAUCGACCAAAGGAUCAUCACGAGCCGGCUGGGAAGCAAUGAAGAUGUGAUGAUACUGUUCAACAAUAUCUGUAAAGAGGUGGUUUUUGGUCACGACGUCUAUUUCAGCAGUCUUUGCCAGAUUCUGAACGCAUAUUGCAGGACUCCUUGGCACAGGUGGAAGGCAAAUUUGAAAAGAGAUUAUUUCCAUACUCCCUGGGCAGCUGUUUCUGUUGUUGCUGCUGUUAUACUUCUCAUGCUUACUUUCAUACAGACUGUGUGCUCUAUUAAAUCACUAAUUAAAUCACCAUGAUUUCCUACCUCAAAGCUUUAUGUAGAUUCAUUCAUGGUCUUUGAAAUGAAUAGUUUGUGAUAAUGAGUAUUUCAGUCCGUGUAAUUUUUUUUUUUUUUGGGUCAUUAGUCAGUGUAUUUAACUUUUGAUUUGUUCCGUUAUAUAUUGUUCUUCCACCAGUUCUACAUAAUA